AUGCCUCUUAUGGCGCGCGCUCGCAACCAGGCGGCCCCGCCAGCGCGCAUCGGCGCCCCCACCCGUGUUCCCGACGCGCACCUUGUCAAGCAAGCCACACGCACGCUGUUGGCCGGAAAGGAGAAUGGUGAUCCCGACACCGUCGAGGCCGCUCAUGAGCUGCCGACUGAAUCUGCUCUAGCGGAACAUUCCACUCGAGCGUCAGCCCCGCGCCCUCCCCAUGCUCCUCGCGCUCGAUCGGCCAUUGAGCUUUCGGCCCUCUGGCACUCUCUCUCCUCCCCAGCACGCUCCUCCACCCGCGAAGUGGCACAGGGCCUUCUCACAUGUAUGCAGCCCGUCAAAAAGAGGUCCCGCUCUGCCUCGGCCCAGCCAAAUCUUUCCAGCUCCGACCACGCUCCACCGCCGGCCAGCCAGACCGACCCUGCCCCACGCACCGUCUCAGGCCGUGAUGCCGUUGAUGUCCUCUUGGCCCAUCGAUACGUCACAUCUCGCGUCGAGGGUCAAGAAGUCUGCCAGCACUUGGUGGCUGGCGGCUACCUCACUGGACUGCGACAUGUUCAAUUUAUGGACUCGCGUAACGCCCUGUACACCGUGAGCGCUGUCCUCACCUUCACUUUCCUCCUAUUAUCCCCAAUCCCCCUUCUCACAAACCCAUUCUUCAGUCUCACGGCGCAGCCCGAGACGCACCCUGCAGCCCAAGGCGGGGAUGGCCCUUCGGUGCUGCAUGCCCUCACUCACGCCACAAUCCAUGGCUGGUUGCAGCUGCGCCAUGCUCGCAGCACACUACGCCGUCGCAAACGCCAGUUUUGCCUCUUGACGACCUGGCAACAACAACACAUCUUCUACUACUACACUGACGAUGACGCCUCAGCCCCGCGCGGCUUCAUCAACCUGACCGUACGCGCCUCGCUCUCCUCUCACAUCCCGACGUGCUGCCUAUCCCUGCCCGCUUUCUCAUGGCACAACACCGCACCAAACCAACAGAAAGCCAACUGGCGCGUCGGCUAUGACGGCAAACAUCACGAUGCCAUUUGGCUCGACGUGACCUCACCUUCCGGGCGCCACCGGCCCUCGCUAUUGCAUGACACUGUCACCGUGUAUGACUUUACCUGUUUUGACCUCGACGAGCGUCCUCGUGCCCUGGACGCCUAUCGCCACCAAGUUCUGCUCAUUGUCCCGGUCGCGCUUCGUGAACCCGAGGUUGCACGCCAACUCACCCAGCUUCAUAGCUUGCAGCAGCAAUUUGAUGAUCAGGGCCAUGGCUUCCGCGUCUUGUUGUUUGUGACAGACCAAUUUGAUGGAGGUGAAGCGGAGGGUGUUGUCUCCAGCGACGAUGAUGAGUUGACCCUGGACAGCUCUGGCUCUACGGCUUCUCGCUCGCGCAGCCGCCGCGUCCAACUGCGCGUUGCCAUGUUCCGCCUCCUUGCCAAGCUCGAUUUGAACCUGCAGGUCUUCGCUCCGGUCCGCGUCAAUGGCCCCGAUGCCGAGCCCCUCAUGGUUUUUCUUCGCCACCGCACCGCCACGGGCUGCACUUCGGGAGCCUAUCUCAUGGGUCCCUUUGAGCGCUUCCUCGUGGGCCACGAUGGUCAGCCUGUCAAGCGCUUGGGUGCUUCCGAGCAUACCUCGCGCCUCUUGGUUGAGAUUCGAAACUUGGUGCACAUGGACGACCCGAAUGUCACCACAAGCUCAGUCGGGCUGUCACCAGCAAAAAGGUCACGCAAUCCCGUGUACAAGGACAUUCUGAAUCUGUCGGGUUCGCCACCGCGCUUGCAAGUGUCACGUCACAGUCCACAACAGCAACAACAACACAACCCGGCACCACCGACCUAUCGAAAACUGGGUGUCAUCCGGGAGGAAACAGCGGCUGCCGAGGCCCUACGUCACUCGCCACGCCGCCCACGCGGUGAGCUUCCCUACGAGGGUCGCCCCGUCACUGAGCGCUCAUUCCGGGGGGGACCCCGCCCUUUCCCAGCCCUGAAUGACCCACGCUUUGAUUCUCCUCGACGCGAGCCCUCGGUUAAGGAGCUCCUCUCUCCACUUCGUCCGGGCAACGCAUCUCGCCAUGCUGACGUGGAGCCAACUAUGACUGGCCGGCGAGACAUAUCCUGGAUUGAUGUUCAGCUCUCGCAGCAGAUGGCGGCUGCACAGCGCGCCGGGACCGAGGCGCCUCUGACAGCCUCGGAUGUCUGUCUCUCACCAUUACGCCCGCCCCCAAGCGCCACCAGCAUCCACUCCAAUGCCUCCCAGCUGACGGUGAGUAGCGUGACGCAACAGGCUCUGCCACGGAAGCGACGCCUGGUCAAGCCUGAGCUCUCCGAAGGCGUCUCCCAGAUCGACUCGCCCAUGUCGCCGCUGUGUGCCCCAGCCUCAACCGAGGCUUUGGCUCGCCGAAAGUCGCUCAACUUGAGCGAGCAGGGCGAGCGUUCCGAUCUUUCCCUCGUGGAGCAGGUGGAGAUGAAUCAGCCGACGCUAUUGGCGCUGCACGAGGUGCCCGAGCCCGACACGCGUUCGGAUGGCGAGUACGAUCGUUUGGGCGACUCGAUAGGCCUUGUUUCCGCUGCGCCUGCUGUGGUGGCAUCACCGCGCAACCUGGCUCUGGAAGCUACUAAACACGAGGACGAUGAUGAAGACGAGGACGAGGUUGCCGUGGUGGCCACCCCCGUUGCCGCACGGUGGCCUCCACCUGGCCGGGGGUACAAGCCCACUCUGACGCCUCAAGACGUGAGCAUGAUGAUGAGCUUCCGUGACGAUGAGUUUGGAUCGGGUUCGAGCGACGAAGAAGAAGACUUGAGGGAAGAUGCUGAUGAGUCUGAUGAAGAGUCAGAGUCUGAAUCCGACGAGGAUGAUGAGCGAUUCUUUCUUAUGACGCCGCGGUCGUUGGCCAGUGCGAGCCGCACCAAUGCUUCGUGCGAUGGCAAUGAGGUCGAGGGCAAUGCGAGCUUACGUCGGCUGCGGUCUGCCUCUCCGCGAGUGGUGAGUGCCAAGCGCGACUUGUCGCCCCGUUUUGAGCUACACACCAAUGGCGCCACCGCUAUCAACAACAGCAGCUUUUCAUUUGAAGGGGCAAUGACGUCCCGCAACACCAGUGCCACGGCACCUCGAGCGUUGGUCCAGCCCUUUGCGCGCCGUGGGGACGUGGUGGACGUCGAUGCAGGUCAUGAUAGCGAUGUGGGUGUUGCACCCCUGGACUACGGCAGUGAUUGGGAGCCAGCAAAGGGUCGUGAGCAAUCGCUUGCUGCGACCCGCCCUCUUGACGGCACGGAAGACGUGGGAGUUGUUGAAGCGCGCGUGGCGCGCCCCGUUGCAUCCGGUGCUCGAGGGUCGUGGGUCGAGUUGGCUACGCGCGAGAUUGUGCCACGGGCUCGAGGCCCUUUGGCGCAUGCCCAGGUGCAGCAAGUAUUGCAGCAAGAGCACGAGCAGGCCAGCAGUGACGCUGGCAGCCAAGAUAGCAUUGCCUCGGAUGUGUCCUGGCAGCGUUUGCACAACAACUACCGCCGACAGCCACACGAGAAUCUGACAAGCCCGCGCCAAUCCAACCCUGCGCUGGUGCGCAUGGCCAACAAUGUGACUUCAUCGGGAGCUGCUGAUGUCGCGGGGUCACCAUCAGCCUCUAGCCUGCUCCCGGCACGAUCGGCACCACCGCUCACUGUAUUGACCUCUGAUUCUGAGACUGGAGCCGAGUCGGAGCAAGGAGCCGAGACAGCGCGCUGGUUGCCUGUUGCUACGCGCUGGACCGAACCGACCGCGGGGCAUCAGCCCCAGGUGAGACUAGAGUGUGCGGAGGCUGAUGUGCAGCCGGUGGGCUUGCCUUCGCUGCCGACUGUUCCCAUCUUGCACCCAGGAGACCAAUCGCGGCCGAUGCGUGAGUUUGAGUUUUUGCUACAUUCCGACGGUUCAAGGCUUAGCAGUGCCAAGAUAGCGGAAGGCUCACGACCCGACUCGUGGAACGGCCCAUCGAAUCUUGAGGGAGAUGCCGAUGCCGAUGCGGACCCAGACUUGGACGUGCUGCGACCCGUUCGCAAGCCGCGCAAGAGCUCAGACAUUGUAUUGCUGACACGCCUGCAAACCAAGCCCCCGUUUUCCAGCGACGGUGAACAUCGUCUCAAGUUGCUGCAGAGUGCGCAGUCGUCGGGAUUUGGCUCCAUGUUUGGAUCUCGCAAGCCUUCGCUGUUGCAAGUUCCGGGCGUCGGCGUCGAUCAACAGCUCCCACGAGAGGCCAUUGAGCUGACGGUGGCGCGGAGUCUGGUCAUCCCACACGUAGGUGUCGGUGAGGCCCUCGAGGGCCCAAUGCCGGAUUCGGCCAUUAGUCGAUCGACACACCGGUCAUCGACAAAACGUGCCAUCUUUGAGGGGGAGACGUCGGACGAUGGCGAGGAACUCACUCCGGCGCGCUCGGCCAGUGCUAGCGCGCCACGCACGGAAGAGCUGGUGUCCGCCGCCUCGGCGACGCAAAGCCGUCGGCAAAGCGUGCCUUUGCCGUCGCCCUUUGUAGCAGAAGGCGCGCCGUCCCGCGAGAUGGGACCAGAUGCGAGGGCGUCUCUGCCCCGAACGCCCGCAUCGGGACGCAGCCCCGCCAAGCAACAGCAGGCACAAACUCCAGGCAAGGGCCUGCCUGUAACCUUAUCUGACAAGCAGCGCGCGCUGUGGCAGCAGGCCGUCACAAGUCCCAAACUGACGACGGCUGUGCGCUUCGUCGAGGAGAUGGGUUUGGAGCCACUGUCCGCCGAGCUGAUGCGGUCACGCCUGAUUGUGAAGCGCCAAGGUGAAAUUAUCAAGUUGAUGCAGCAGUCUCGGGCGCAGCAAUCGGGGUGCUCGCCUGUGGCGCCCUUGGCAUCACGUGCGUCUUCUCAAGCUCUCGUCGGUUCUAGUGGCAAGUCAGAUGUGGAUGUUGCUCCGAGUACGGGUGGGCUGACCACGCCAUCCGCUAGCUUUGCACCUCGCAUGGCAAGGAUGGCUGCGCAGCAGCGCCGUCUGCCGGCCGUGCUGCGUACCCCGCAAGCAAAGUCUAGCCAGCGCUUGAAUCGCACCUUUGCAGGCUUGGACACGACUCGGGUGGACAGUCCUGUCAUGCGCAGUCGCAACCUGGAUCGCAGCUUGACCAACGCUCUUCUUCGUGACUGUGAUUGUACCCAAGUGUAA